UCCUGUUUAAAAAAAAAAUAAUUCUAGGUCCGACUGUCAGAGAUCCUUUUAGCUUUCCUUCCUAAAUUAACCUUGCAAAUCAGUUCUCCUUCUUUCCCCCAUCCUCAAUUCGUCUUCGCAGCUAAUGAUGUAAGCUGGUUGGCAUCUAACGAAAUCACGGUACAACUGCUUUCUCCUUGAAUCCUUUGCCUUUCGCUUGGUGAACUCUCCUCCUUUCCUGCCAGCGUGCCGGGGGCCGGCAAGGCGCUGGCCAGAGACUCCAGUCCCCACAGUUCCUCGGGUGCGCAUGCCCUCUAGUUUUCCAGUUGUCAAAGUGCUUUUGCCGGAGCAGUCAGAUUAUCAGCCCGGGAGAAGAAAAAUAAACACUGUACACUUUAAUUUUUAUCGAUCCCUUAAAGCUGGACACUCAAAGCUGCGCAAACCAUGCAGGAUGAUUUACUGAUGGACAAAAGCAAAACCCAGCCCCGGCAGCAGCAGCAGCAGCAACAACAGCAGCCGCAGCAGCAGCAGCAGCCGCAGCAGCAGCCGCAGCAAGAGCCAAACGCAGCGGAAGCCUCUUCCACGCCCCUCUCCUCAGAGACCCCCAAGCCGGAGGACAGCAGCCCAGUGACGAGUCUCAAUCCAACAGCAGCGGCGGCGGCGGCUUCUUCGACAGCCCCCAACAGCAAGGAGAAGAUGCAGAUGGAAUCUCCGCUCCUGCCCGGCUUGAGCUUCCAUCAACCUCCGCAGCAGGAGCCAGCCGGGGCGCCGGGCACGUCCUUGUCCCCUUCCUUCGGGAGCACCUGGUCGACGGGCACCACGAACGCCGUGGAGGACAGUUUUUUCCAAGGGAUCACCCCCGUCAAUGGGACCAUGCUUUUUCAGAAUUUCCCCCACCACGUCAACCCGGUCUUCGGAGGCACCUUCUCCCCUCAGAUCGGCCUAGCGCAGGCUCAGCACCACCAACAGCAGCAGCCGCCACCGCCUCCACCACCACCGGCUCCGCAGCCGCAGCCACCGCCGCCGCCGCCUCAGCAGCAGCAGCAGCCACCGCCGCCGCAGCCCCAGCCGCCGCCGCCGGCACAGCCGCAGGCGCAGCCGCAAGCGCAGCCGCAGGCACAGCAACAGCAGCGCAGGUCACCGGUGAGCCCCAACCAGGCGUCCUACCCCCAAAGAAACGCCGCGGCUUACAGCCAUCAACCCAUUAUGACCAGCAAGCCGUCCUCGGCCUCGGCCUCCUCUUCCUCCUCCAGCUGGAACAAUCACCAGAACGCCGCCUGGAGCACCCCUUCCAAUCCCUGGGGCGGGUUGCAAGCCGGCAGGGACCCUCGCCGGGCUGUAGGCGUAGGGGUCGGAGUCGGGGUUGGCGUGCCGUCUCCACUUAAUCCCAUCUCCCCCCUCAAAAAACCUUUCUCCAGCAAUGUGAUUGCGCCUCCGAAGUUCCCCCGGGCGGCCCCUCUCACCUCCAAAUCCUGGAUGGAGGAUAACGCUUUUCGGACCGAUAAUGGUAACAAUCUGUUGCCAUUUCAGGACCGGAAUAGGCCCUAUGACACAUUUAACUUGCACUCUUUGGAGAACUCUUUAAUGGAUAUGAUAAGGACUGAUCAUGAGCCUCUGAAAGGUAAACACUACCCUCCCAGUGGCCCACCAAUGAGUUUCGCUGAUAUUAUGUGGAGGAAUCAUUUUGCAGGACGCAUGGGAAUAAAUUUCCAUCACCCAGGAACAGAUAACAUUAUGGCACUUAACACCAGGAGCUAUGGGCGGAGACGAGGUCGGUCUUCUCUCUUUCCCUUUGAAGAUGCCUUUCUAGAAGACAGCCAUGGUGACCAGUCCUUAUCAUCAGGCCUGAGCUCUCCAACUCGCUGUCAGAAUGGUGAAAGAGUGGAACGUUAUUCUAGAAAGGUGUUUGUUGGAGGCCUCCCUCCUGACAUCGAUGAAGAUGAGAUUACUGCCAGCUUUCGUAGGUUUGGACCUCUUGUGGUGGACUGGCCUCACAAAGCUGAAAGCAAGUCAUAUUUUCCACCUAAAGGAUAUGCCUUUCUGCUGUUCCAGGAAGAAAGCUCAGUACAAGCUUUGAUAGAUGCCUGUCUAGAAGAAGAUGGUAAACUUUACCUAUGUGUGUCAAGUCCCACCAUAAAAGAUAAACCGGUGCAAAUUCGACCAUGGAACCUAAGUGACAGUGACUUUGUAAUGGAUGGCUCUCAGCCUUUGGACCCCAGAAAAACUAUCUUUGUUGGGGGAGUUCCACGACCCCUUCGAGCUGUUGAAUUGGCAAUGAUUAUGGACCGUCUUUAUGGGGGCGUCUGCUAUGCUGGUAUUGAUACAGACCCAGAACUGAAGUACCCAAAAGGUGCCGGCAGAGUGGCUUUCUCCAAUCAGCAAAGUUAUAUUGCUGCUAUCAGUGCACGAUUCGUGCAGCUUCAACACAACGACAUUGACAAACGGGUGGAAGUGAAGCCAUACGUGCUGGAUGAUCAGAUGUGCGAUGAAUGCCAGGGCACCCGCUGCGGUGGCAAGUUCGCUCCCUUUUUCUGUGCCAACGUCACCUGUCUGCAGUAUUACUGUGAAUACUGCUGGGCCAGCAUCCACUCCCGGGCCGGGCGGGAGUUCCACAAGCCACUGGUGAAGGAGGGGGGAGACCGCCCCCGCCACGUCCCCUUCCGCUGGAGCUGA